CAGCGCCUGGGCCCGAGUUGCAGCAGCGGCGGCGGCGGCGGCGCGGAGACUCCGCAGCCUCCCGGAGCCCAGAGUCCCGGCGGGGAUAGCAGCAAGGAGCGAUCGCCCGCCCAGCUACCACACCUCGGCCCCGCCAAGCCGCCGUCGCCACGCGGGGGGACCGCCAGCUAUGGCCGCGCCGCCGGAUUCGCAAGACGAGCUGCUGCCUCUGGCCAGCCCCGGGUCCCAGUGGUUCGGGGACCGGGGGGAGGGGGAGAAUGAAACAGUGACGCCGAAAGGGGCCAGGCCGGCGCCGCAGACCGAGGAGCCCGGCCGGGGGUUGGGCUCCGGGACCGAAGGAGCGGUGCCGCGGGAACUGGGCUCCGGCCCCGCCCGGCCGCCGCCCGUUGCCAUGGAAACUGCAUCCACAGGCAUGGCUGCUGUCUCCAGUGCCCUGGAUCAGUCCUCAACAACACGGCAAGAUGGGGAAGGAGCAUGUUAUACGUCUCUGAUUUCUGACAUCUCUUACGCACCCCAGGAGGAUUCUACAUAUUUCACUGGAAUUCUUCAGAAGGAAAAUGGCCACAUCUCCACUUCAGAGAACCCUGAGGAGUUGGGGACUCCUGGCGCCUCCUUACCAGAUGUGCCUGGGAUGGAGUCUCGUGGCUUAUUCAGUUCGGAUUCUGGAAUAGAAAUGACGCCUGCAGAGUCCACUGAAGUGAACAAGAUCCUAGUCGACCCCCUGGACCAGAUGAAAGCGGAAGCCUAUAAAUACAUGGACAUAACCAGGCCAGAGAAGGGGAAAGGUCAGGAGCAGCAUCACCCAGAGUUAGAAGAAAAAGACUUGGAUUUUAAGAACAAAGACACUGAAAUCUCAACAGAACCAGAAGGGGUUCGUGGACCUGACAAACCAGCUCCUGUGGAGGGAAAAGUCAUCAAGGACCACUUAUUUGAAGAAUCUACCUUUGCUCCUUACACAGAUGAUCUCUCAGAGGGGCAGCACAGUGCUCCCUUGAUCACUGCCCCAGUCAAAAUCACGCUGACAGAGAUCGAAACUUCUUUCACAGCUGUUACUCAAGAGAACUCUCCAGAGAAGCAAGAUAUCUGUCUGAAGCCAAGUCCUGACACAGUACCCACUGUCACUGUCUCAGAGCCUGAAGAUGACAGCCCAGGAUCUGUCACUCCUCCAUCUUCUGGAACAGAAUCAUCUGCUGCGGAGUCCCAGGGAAAAUGCAGCAUCUCGGAGGAUGAGCUGAUUACUGCCAUUAAAGAAGCAAAAGGGUUAUCAUAUGAAACCACGGAGAGUCCACGGCCGGUUGGCCAGGUGUCCGACAGACCCGAGGCCAAGGCCAGGUCCGGGUUGCCAACCAUCCCCAGUCCCCUGGACCCUGAGGCUAGCAGUGCAGAAUCCGGGGACUCGGAAAUUGAGCUGGUGUCUGAGGAUCCGAUGGCUUCUGAGGAUGCGCUGCCCUCGGGCUACGUGACCUUCGGCCCUGUGGGUGGCCCUCCGCCUUCACCUGCCUCCCCAUCCAUCCAGUAUAGCAUCCUGAGAGAGGAGCGAGAGGCCGAGCUGGACAGCGAGCUCAUCAUCGAGUCCUGUGACGCCUCCUCGGCCUCGGAGGAGAGCCCUAAACGGGAGCAGGACUCGCCCCCAAUGAAGCCCAGCGCCCUGGACGCCAUCCGGGAGGAGACUGGCGCCCGGGCGGAGGAGCGCGCGCCCAGCCAGCGGGGCCUGGUGGAGCAGGGCCCCUUCACAUACCCCUCGGCUGUCCCCCAGCCCGGCCCCGAGCUGCCCUCUGGAGACCGAGCCUCAGCCCCCGAGGGGUCCCCACCGCAGCGAAAACCUGGGGAAGAAGCAACGAUGUCCAACCAAAGUCCGUCGGCCACAGAGGGCCCUGGACCGCGAGGCCCUGACACCAUACCCCCUUUGCCAUUUCUCAAUAAGCAGAAAGCUAUCGACCUGCUGUACUGGCGGGACAUCAAGCAGACUGGGAUCGUGUUUGGGAGCUUCCUGCUGCUGCUCUUCUCCCUGACCCAGUUCAGCGUGGUGAGCGUCGUGGCCUACCUGGCCUUGGCUGCGCUCUCAGCCACCAUCAGUUUCCGCAUCUACAAGUCUGUCCUACAAGCUGUGCAGAAAACCGACGAGGGCCACCCUUUCAAGGCCUACCUGGAGCUUGAGAUCACCCUGUCCCAGGAACAGAUUCAGAAGUACACGGACUGCCUGCAACUCUAUGUGAACAGCACACUGAAAGAGCUCCGGAGGCUCUUCCUGGUCCAGGACCUGGUGGAUUCCUUAAAAUUUGCUGUCCUGAUGUGGCUCCUGACUUACGUUGGCGCCCUCUUCAAUGGCCUGACCCUGCUACUCAUGGCUGUGGUUUCAAUGUUUACUCUACCUGUAGUGUAUGUCAAACACCAGGCACAGAUUGACCAAUAUCUGGGACUUGUGAGGACUCACAUAAAUGCUGUCGUGGCAAAGAUUCAAGCUAAAAUCCCCGGCGCCAAAAGACAUGCUGAGUAGACAGGUAUCCCAGCGGGGACUGGACACAAACAGGGAUGUCUGGAGAGGCGACAGCUCUCUUCUUACUCGUUACUGCAAAUUGAUUGUUCCCCCCACCCAAUACCAUACUCUUAGAGGCAAACUUUAAAACAGCUGUUUUUAGGCUGUUCCUUUACUCUUAGGAUAUUUGAGUCACUUGUGUCAAGCACUAAAGUAUAGAAAAAAAGUGUAUUAGAUGUGGUUUUUAAUUUUGUGUUGCUAAAAAAAAAAAGUGCAUGAUGGUGAGAGCCCACGUUCUCCUUCCUUCUUCAGUGUUCUCCUCUUCUCUGCCAUGCUUCUGUAGCUUCUAAAGUCCCCCUGUGGCUAGGCCUUUCCUGCCGAGUGCAUUGACACAAUAGUGGAAAUUGCUUAUAUGUCCUUGGGUUGCUGGUUGGAUUAAUCUUUAAUAACAUUAUAUAGAAUUGUAGACUGAUGUUUUAGCAUUUUUCCAACACACACACACACUACAUAAAAAUAAAAAAAAAAACAGUUGACUGUACUUAUGGUAAUCAGUUUUGUAUAACUUAAAAUAAUUAAAUAAAUGAAUAAAUCCAAAAUGAACAUGCAGUACUUUUGUUGUCUGGGAUUGAUGGGCUGAUUUACAUGUAUGGUAACUAAAAGUACCAGCAUGUUAAAUUUAUUACAAUUUGUAUUACUUUCUCUGUAGUUCCUAAUGGACUUAAUUAUGGACUCUGGAUAUUUGCACUUAUGUACUUGAUACUGAAUGCAUAAAUAAAUGUUACUAAAUGUAGAAA